CAAAUGCCUUUUGUUCACACUGCUGAGUUACGGCAAACCAAGCUCUGCUCAAUGGCGAAGCCAUACAGCUCCAUCUCACAGCUCCUCCGUCCCAUCUCCACUGACCUCAACACCAGAAGUCUUUGCCCCAGCACUCGAUUCGCCAUCCGUUCCCACUUCCAUAGAGGAGCUUCUCUAGCAUCUGCAGCUGCUGCUUCCCGUGGAAACGAAGCUCGCCAGCAGAACUCGAGGAAUAGGGACGCGCAGGCGGCGCCGCGAGCACCACGGCGAUUGAUCACCAUCUCGACGUCGGGUGGGAGGUGGCAGGGGCAGUGGAGCUGCGAGUACAUGUUCACGCUCAGAGAGCUUCAGCUGGCGGACAUUGCAGAAGAGGGGCACGACGACGCGGACGUCUUUGUUAGGCUUACCAUUCAAAAGCAUGCGAGCUUUGGCUUCUCCAUUGUUGGAAGAAUUAUGACAUCCUUCAACAGAAAAUGCAGUUGCUGCUUGACAUCCUAUUGCAGAGAGAUCGAUACCACAUUUGAUGUUUGGGUACUACCUUCAAGCAAGAACAGCAAGUUUGAACUUCCUGAAAUUGGUGGAAACGAUCCUUCGGUGAUAUAUGUGAAACCUGGCUCGGAAGCUGAUCUUGAUUCAAUAAUCCAAGAUACCAUACGUUUGACAGCCUCGGCAAAGGACACCUGCUCAGAAUCAUGUGCGAAGACUACAAUCAUAUGGCAAUCUACUGAUGAGAAGAACGAGUAUGACCGAAGGUGGCAUAGGCUUCUCGAAAUAAGGGAUGCAAUGUAGAGCAUGCUCAAGUUUAUCAGUCUAUAAGUGGUUUGUUAAUACAAAGAAUAGAUGGUUUUCUUCAAGAUAAUAUGAUAGAUGAAUUGUGAGAACGUUAGCAUUUUUAAUCAGCAGAGUUCAGAAUGAGGUCCUUCGUAUAUGAUUUUGCAGUUUCAUUUGAAGACAUGUCGUUGAUCAUAUUUCAAAGGCAAGGAUAAUCAAAAAGACUGUUGCCAAUGUGCAUUAAUAUCAAGAAAAGAGUGAUGAAUAAGAAAGUGGUGGAUGCCGCGGUUCUCAUAGUUUGAAGAGUUUUUUGGCACAAAGAUAACUGCACAACAGGUUACUCUUAGGUAGGUAGGAAGGUAAAUAUGUUAUAUCUACUUGUGAUCAAGAUUUGUUUUGGCUUCCUGUUCUUGGUUAAUUAAGCCAAACUUUUACUUCAUAUGAGGGUCCAAAUAUCACUACUUUAGAAAAUACAUAUAUAUUUUUGCAUCA